AAGUCCUACCAAUUCACACUCAUCAUUUCCCGCCAUUUUUGUACCUCAGAUUGGCGCGUAAACCAAAACCAAAACAAAUACUCACCUCGAAAAGGCUGCUCGGUGAUCGGCGCUGCCUCCUCCUCCUCCUCCUCCGGUCACCGUGUUUAUUUCGCGUCCAAAUAAGUCACAGAAAUGGAGAUCGUUAAACCUCAUCCGAAGACUCAACCUAACGACGUCGUCCCGACUCUUCCUCUUUACCGUUCUGCCCCUGCUCUCGAAGUCAGGCUCGAAGAUUUCGAGCUUUACGCCAUGGAUCGACUCCGAGUUCUUAAAGGUAUAUCCGAUGGAUUAUCUCGCGGUAAAAAGUCUGAAGAAAUGGAAAAAUUGGUAAAGGAGCUAUGGAAAGCAAAUAUGAAGCAUCCAUAUGCAUCAGAAGUUGUGAAUAAGGACAUUAUAUCUCACUUUGUUUUGCGCCUUGUUUAUUGUAGAACGGAGGACCUUAGGAAAUGGUUUCUUUCGAAUGAGACUGCACUUUUCCGAUAUAGAUUUCGUCUUUUGACUGCUGAAGCUCAGAGAGCAUUGUUGCAAGAGUUUGGGCUUCCUUAUAAGGCAGUUCCUAGUGCUGAGUUGGAGAGUAUAAAGGACAAAUUGGCUCAAGUUGCUCGGUCAUUUGCUCAACCUUUGCCUUCUUCCGACGCCAUAUUCUACAAGGUACCAUUUGAAGACGUCCCAGAGCUUGUUGCUGGUCGUAGAGUUUUUAUUUGUAAAGGCCAUGCUUAUGUUGCUCCAAGUCAGAUCGUUUCCCUUGUAGUUACACAAUUCCGCAGUAUCAUAUCAAAGGCGCUCACUCUUACAAAUAGGAAAUGGACAUCAAUGAUUGGAGAACAAGAGAAGGAUCGCUUGACUCCUAUUGUAGAAGCCCUGGCCACAAGCUACCUUGGUCCUGACUAUUCUCAGCCCAAAGAAUUUGCUGAGAUAUCAAUUAAAGACAUUGAUGUUACCGCUAAGAGUUCCUUUCCACUUUGCAUGCGCCACCUGUUUGAAAAACUUAGAGAUGAUCAUCACUUGAAGCAUGGAGGGAGGAUGCAGUUAGGUCUCUUUCUCAAGGGAGUUGGUUUGAAGUUGGAUGAUGCUCUUGCGUUCUGGAAGGCAGAGUUCACUCAGAAGGUUGGCGCAGAAAGGUUCGACAAAGAAUAUGCCUACAGCAUUCGUCAUAAUUAUGGAAGAGAAGGAAAGAGAACAGAUUAUACACCUUAUUCUUGUCAAAAGAUCAUCUCUUCAACUCCUGGCGUUGGAGACCAUCAUGGAUGUCCUUACAGACAGUUUAGUGAAGAAAACUUGAGAGCUGCACUCAAUAGAAUGGGAGUCAACAGUGGUGCAGUGGAUGAUGCAAUGGACAAAGUGCGAAAUAGACAUUAUCAGUUGGCGUGCACCUUAACAUUUGAAGCUAUUCACGGUGUGUCGUGUGAUUCUGGGAUUAACCAUCCUAACCAGUACUUCAGUGACAGCCAAAAGGUCCUCAAAUCGAAGGACAAUUCCUUAUCAUAAGAAAAUCUGAUGAAGACUGUUAAUGCUGCCACCUUUCUCAGAUUUGUCAUUUAAAAGCUCCCCUUAACAGCUCUGUUUCUUCUUGUUCUCUGGAAAUAAGAAGUUUCAGAACAUUUAUCUCUUUUGGCAAAAUGCAUAUCAACCCCUGUAUUUCAUCUUUUUCUUUUCUAUUGAUUCCGUAUAUUUAUAUAGAUAGAAAUAGUGUCCUUAUAUUUUUACUUUUAUUAACAUUAAGUCCUUUUAUAAUGAAAAGUUAGUGUGUUAUUCAGUUGCCGUUAA